AUGUCUCCUGUCAACGCACGUGGCAAGGAGCUGUCUCAGUCGGCCGCUUUCUCUAGGGCAGCUGAAGGCUUUGUAGCUGCCGCCCAAGGAGCAGGAGAGCCUGAGGACCAACGCACGUACUACCGCAUCGCUGCAGAGUGCUAUGUCAGAUGCGGAGACAGCGGUAAGGCAGGCGCUGCGUACCGACAUGCGGGAGAGUACACACUUUCUGCUCAGCACUUCCGCAAAGCAGGGAUGUUCGACGACGCCGUUGAAGUUAUCCAGGUCCACGAGACUGACGUUCGUCCUGACGUCGCUCAGAGCAUCAUUGAAGUUUCCAAACUGUACUAUAUCAAGGAGCAAAAAUUAGCAAAAGCACGAUCCCUUUUCAAGAAUGAUGACGAGGUACUCGAGUACAUGGACGACCGUGAUCUCAACGCCCCACGCGCUUCCCUCCAUGAGGAGAGGGAGGAAUUCGACGAUGCCGCUGAAUGUCACCUUCGGGAAGGUGAUGACCUCAAGGCGAUUAAACUAUUCUUCCUCAACUAUCGAAAGCGUCAAUCGGCACAGUCAUUGCUGAGGGCCGUGACUUGCAUCCUCGAUGGCCUCUGGCUGUACAUGUCUCUAGGGGCUCCAGAGGGUAAUUGGGAAGACCAGAAACUCGUCGAAAUACUGGGACAUGCAGAAGUCGUUUUCCCUCGACUCCAAGAUGGGAUACUGCGCAACGAGAUUGCUAUGUUCCGCGCGAUAUGGCAGAACGAUAUCCCAGCUCUUGCUGAACUUGGUGAAUGGUUCCAUACUAGAGACGAACAUCAUCCCGCAGGUUUGCUUUGCCUCGACCAUGUCUUCGCUCAUGACUUUGGUCUCGAAUCUGCCGCGUUAUCAGAAAUUGCUUCGUGCUUCCAGACAUUCCUCGUCUAUGCUCGCACGCUCUCACGGUACUCCUGUGAUCCGAACCCUUGCCAGAACUCCCACAUUCAGAAGCUCUUCACUUUUAGACGGGUCAACAGCGACAACGAGGAGCUAUUCUUUCUUCCCAAAGGCUCCUAUCUCUUUUCCCGCGCUCUGGACGGCGGAGCAACCAUUCUCGAGGAGACCACUGCUCAGGGCAUCUAUAUUUUACGCUGGAACCUCGAACGUUUGGCCAAGACUGCGCUUCGCGAGCGACUCAAGGACAGGGUCCUCAACCAGAAUGAGAUAUGCCAUAAACUCCUCUAUCCAUCGCCGAAGGAAGCACGCGCGACAUACAACAAUCUCAUCCGCAUCCAUGUUCUUCAUAUCAUGAUCUUCCACACCCUGUACGCCACCGAUAUUCCGUAUCUUAUUCUUGAUAAGCAGCGGAAAGCUUGGUUACGUCGUCUAUACGAAGCACUGUACCCUGUUUCAGACAACAUAGGCUCCUUGCACACACUUACGCUCGCCUCAAUACCGGAGCUGACAACGGGCCGCCAUAUAAUCGCGGUCUGGAUUCAGGACAGUCUCAAUCGCUUUGAUCAUGACAAGGACCCGGCGCACAUUUUUCUUGUGAACCUCAUGCGGACGACUCGACUUGCCAUGCUUCUCGACCGCCGCGCAGCAUUCAGUCAGCUGCAGCGCAUCCCAUGCGCCAUUCGCGACCGUGAAAAGAGGCCGCAAUAUCUCGUGCGGUGGGGUGACCGCUACAUCGUAAACGACUUGAUCGCUGCUAUGCAAUGUGGCUAUCCGGGCGCAUUAGAUAGAGGCGUGCAGUUCUUGAACCAUGUGCUCUACAACCGGUUGCAAGUCGAUAUCGGUGUCCUCUGCGACUUCAUGGAUCAGUUGUGCGGCGCGAUGCUCAUUUCCCUUCAACUGCGUAACAAGGGCACGCUUCACGGUCUUACCCUACCCAAGAGCUGGCUGGUCCGACUCCUGCAAGACACAGAUCAGCUUGCAACCAUGAAGACGGAGAAAUCUCCCAAGUACGUAGCUUGCAUGAACCAGCUUCUCAGAGACAUAUGCACUGGCAACAAGGCUUCUCAUCUUCUGUUUGAGAAUCUAAAUAUGUCCUCGCGGGGCCUGAACAUGACGCGUGAGGUUUUCAUCGAGAAGAUAUGCCGGAACAUUUGUUUUUGGGGCCUCAACCUUCCUAUACCGCAGCUGCGCCAAUGGAUUCAUCAAACCAUCUCAGGACUUCAGCACGUCGGGCGGGAUAUCAUGAGUCAUACAUCUUCCGCGUACAUCUAUGCGGAGGACUGGCAUAGCCUCGCGCAAGCCGCAGUAAAAUCAGUGGCCAGUUCAUCCUUGGACGAAGUAGUAUAUCUCUGCUGCUCCGCAUCGGACCCGCCGAGAUCGCCGCCCAACGUCCGGCUAGUGAGGUAUCAGAACAUCGAGGAUCUCAUCUCCCUCCUCGAUGCCACGCACAUCGUCCAAUUGUCUUGUAACACCGCCGAUGUCAAGGCAGACAGUAGAACUAAUGCCUCCGGUGGCCCGCUUCCCGCUUCGCGCCCCAGUGAUUAUGAUAGCCAGCCAAUGACUGGAACAACAGCUGUCCUGUCCGAGGAGUCCAACGCAGAGGAUGAAGACAACGAGCAACACCAGGUCGAAUUUACGGACAUACAGAUCACGGCUGCGUCCAAGAUAAUCUCUACAUACCGAGGUUAUAUUCAAAGGAAAGCCUUUGAGAAGGAUCAGCUCACGGAGAUGCGUCGUCGCGUAUACGAGGAUUUCCUGACUACCUCUCCUACUAUCGAGCGGAGAGGCUCUCCCUACCGCUUUCUCUUUCUGGGGAUCGUGCCAAAUCUCUUCGCCGUCACGGAGUGUCUCAAAGACCACAUGUACAAGGCGAAGUCCUCGGCAAAGGAAAGCCUUCGCAACGCGCACGAUCGAGAGCUCGAGGAUGUACAGGCUGCUCUGGAUGACGCUUCACGACUGUUCAAGGAAGCCUGCCGUCUGCACAAGGCAUUAGCACCUUCGGCAACGGUGCACAAGUCUCGCGACGUGCAGAAGCUGCAAGAGCACGCUCUUGCUGUUGAGUCUCUGGUGAAGCAGUUGGAGGACGCGAUCAGCGCCGACUCUGACGUGACGUUCCCGUGGAUGGAGGACUGGAGACUGUACGAGCUAGCUUACCACGCGCUGGUGAAAGCGACGUCCCAGCUGGAAGAGGCUUAG